CAGACUUUCAGUUCAAAACAAAAAGCACAGAAAAAGGAGAGAGACGAAAGGGAUUAAAAAAAAAAAGAAAAGAAAUGGAGAGAGUAACGCCUGCCCGGAAGCCCCAUACUUCCACGGCCGACUUGCUGACAUGGUCGGAGGCGCCUCCGUCCGACUCCUCCACCUCCGCCUCUGCCAAUGUCUCCCGCUCUGCCACUCGUCCCCAGCAGCCAGCAGAUGGGAUUGGUAAGGUGGUGUUUGGAGGACAGAUCACUGAUGAGGAAGCUGAAAGUCUCAACAGAAGGAAACCAUGCUCAGGAUAUAAGUUGAAGGAGAUUACUGGAAGCAAAAUAUUUUCUGGAGAGAGUGAAGAUGGUGCAUCAGAAUCUGGAAAUGGUCAUGUCUCUUCUAAUAAUAGGACAUCUGUACGUAUGGUUCAGCAAGCUGCAAAUGGAAUCAGCCAGAUCUCCUUUGGUACUGAAGAAAGGAUUUCUCCAAAGAAGCCGACAACUCUUACUGAGGUUGCAAAGCAGCGGGAGUUAAGUGGAACACUGGAAAGCGAAGCUGAUAGUAAGAUGAAGAAGCAGCUGUCUGAUGCGAAGAACAAGGAACUAAGCGGUAAUGAUAUCUUUGGCCCUCCUUCUGAAGCUCCUUCCAGAUCAUUGGCUGCUGUGCGCUCUAUGGAAGCAAAAGAAAGCAAGGACAUGGGAGAACCUGCACCGCGAAAUCUACGAACAUCAGUCAAGGUUUCUAAUCCUGCUGGCGGUCAAAGUAACAUCUUGUUUGGUGAAGAACCAGUUGUCAAGACUUCAAAGAAACUACAUGACCACAAAUUUGCAGAGUUGACUGGCAAUGACAUUUUCAAAGGAGAUGUUCCUCCAGGCUCUGCUGAAAAGCAUCUGAGCACAGCGAAGCUGAAAGAAAUGAGUGGCAACAAUAUUUUUGCUGAUGGCAAGGUUGAAGCUAGAGACUUCUUGGGUGGAGUCCGCAAACCCCCUGGUGGUGAGAGCACCAUUGCCUUGGUCUAACUAUUUGCAUGCAACUGGAAGUUUUAAUAACUAGGACCAAUAGCUCUCUCUAUGUUCCUCCACAAUUUGUGUCCUGUACUUUGUGGAGGAACAUCUGUGGUUCGUGAGUAAUUAGGAAUCUAGUUUAUAGGUUUUGAAUGUAUGGAUUAUGAGAUAAGAACAAUUUCAGGAUCUUUCGUUUUCAGAACCUUCAAAAUUUAUCUGAGAGUUAACCAUGGGCAAGCUAAACCAUUAUAAGUUCGAACUUGUUAUUUCCCUC